AUGGGAAACUGCUGCAGGAAAUCCCUGUCGUCGACGGCCGUGUGGGCCGACGACGACGACAGCGACGAUUGGGAAGCCCUCGGCAACCACCACAGGAUAGUCCUCUUCGACGCCGACCGCGCGGGAGAGGAAAUCAACGAUGAUGCUUCUUCGGAUAAGAACCGGCUGCUGCCGGCGAGAUCUUCUUCGUCGUCGUCGUCGGGGAGGGAGGUGAAGAUCAAGGUGUCGAGGAGGGAGCUGGAGGAGCUGAUGUCGAGAGUGGAGAUGCAAGGCUUGUCGUCCGAACAAGUUCUCGCCAGGUUGAUCAUUAGUUCCGCCGGCGCCGCCGCCGCGGGUUUGUUUAGCGAUCCGGCCGACGAGGAUCAUCACCGGCACUGGAAGCCCGUGCUGCAGAGCAUCCCGGAGGUGUAA